AUGGCGGACGAAGGAGGAGGAGAUAAUCCUCAAAUACCAAAGUCAUAUAUAUACAUUUUUAUCAUCCUUAUUCUAUUUGUGGCUCGAGAUUUCAUGAACACACCGAUGAGCUCGACGACCAAGGGGGACGGAAGGUAUCAGAACGUCUUUCAACAGUUUAGCCAAUUACUGUUGCAAAGACAUCCUGAAAUUCUUAUCGAGGGUGAAAACUAUCCUCCUCUACCAAUUAAGAAGCUUGGUGCUCAAAUUAUGUCAAUUGCUAAGUUUGCUUUCCUUGGCUGCUUGUUUAUGGGGACAAAUCCGUUCCAAAUUCUGGGAUUGGGAGGUUACGCAUUUUGCCUUAAUUUGUGGACGUGGAUGCAGUCAAAUAAAAUUUACGCUUCAUUAAUGAUUUUUUUCCUGAGUAAUUUCGUUGAAAAUCAACUAAUAUCUACCGGCGCGUUCGAAAUAUACUUUAAUGAUGUCCCUGUUUGGUCCAAACUUCAGACGGGCCGUAUUCCUAGUCCUGGAGAGCUAUUUCAAAUUGUAGAUAACCACAUGAAACUUGUAAGCACGAUGGAUGGGCUACAUUUAUAGAGUAAUUUAAGCUAGAUCACCAACAAAAUAUAGAAAUUAAGUUUCCCGUGUUGUGAUAGUAUACUGAACCAAAUCAACUGAUAAUAGUUUUACCUUAUCGUAAAAUUUUAUAUUGAAUCAAUGUGAAGAUUUAUCCACUGUAAUAUGUUUUUCUUUAUGUACUAUUUUUUGUAAAGCUUUGGAAACUUGUAAUGUAGGGAAGAUAGUGUUUUGUGAUGCUCAUUUUAUUGUGACUGCCCUACUUUGACGAAAUUAAGGUCAAUACAAUUUCUAUCUCAUGACAGUAAAUCCCAAAAUCAUCUGCGGAUGAAGGGUUUUACUCGAUUUACUUUUGGUAGAAAUUCUUAAACCUCUAUUUCAGUAUGCAGGCGGUUUUAAUAAUUUGUAAUUGGGUUGCAAUUUGUCAUCUGAACAACCCAAAUUCACAAACUAACUACUUGUUUUAGUGCUGAGUGGAACAUGUGUAUCAAUGGGCUUAAACUGAUAAUAAUUGUUAUUGUGAAAUUAUGGUAGGAUCAAAUUAUGUAAAUGAAUGAAUAAAAAAAUGGAGGAAAGGUGUGUAUAAACCUUCCCAUGAACGAACAAGAAAUAA